UGUUUUUAUUAAUAAGCCCCUCCCAGUUGUCUGGAAGGUUUCAGUUUUCUCAGUUAGAACUCGCAUUUUUAUACUUGAGGAUUUAGAUCGAGGUCCACUCAUCAUGAUUGUGAAGGUUGCGGUUCUGCUGUUGGCACUCUGCUUGGCCUUGGCAAAAGAUAAUCUUGUCGGAGCCCCGACAAAUUCCAACAUGAACGACCCUCAAGUCCAGGAAGCCCUGAGUUUCGCCGUCGCUCAGUAUAACGAAGACAGUGGCAGCUUGUACACCAGCCACGUUCUUCAUGUGAUCAAGGUUCAGACACAGGUUGUUGCUGGUGUGAAGUACAUCUUCACUGUGAAGAUGGCCACAACAUCCUGUUUAAAAGGAGCAGCUAAAAACACGUGUGCCAUCGUUGCGAAACCAGUGCCUCGUGAAUGCACACUGGCAGUGUGGAGUCAGCCUUGGCUCAACAGCAUGGUGCUGGUGGAGAACACCUGCUAAAAAACUCCAAAUGCUAAAAUAAUCACAUUUAAUAUAUAUUCAAUCAACUAAUAUCUACAACUUAUCACUACUCUGACAUUAGAAAAGAUCAUUUCUAGGGAAAAUUUAAAAUAGUGGUUAAUUAUUCAAAUGAAGCAUAUCAUUAAUUAUAUUAAUUGUAAUAAAAGGCUUUAAUCAAUGCA